AUGUGGGGCUGUCCGCUCCCUGUGCUGUGGGAAUGCCGCAGGCCAGGCCUAACCCCCCCCCCCCCCCCUCUCUCUCACACGCAGGUGCUGUCCAUCAACGAGGAGGGCCUGAGACGCUGCGAGGAGAACACCAAGGUCUUCGGCCGCCCAAUCAGCUGCUGGACGUGUCUGGUGGAUCUGGAGGGUCUGAACAUGCGGCACCUGUGGAGGCCGGGGGUGAAAGCCCUGCUGCGCAUCAUCGAGGUGGUGGAGGCCAACUACCCCGAAACGCUGGGGCGGCUGCUCAUCCUGAGGGCCCCCCGCGUCUUCCCCGUGCUCUGGACCCUGGUCAGCCCCUUCAUCGACGAGAACACCCGGAAAAAGUUCCUCAUCUACGCCGGGAACGACUACCAAGGGCCCGGGGGGCUGGUGGACUACAUCGACAAGGAGGUCAUCCCCGACUUCCUGGGCGGGGACUGCAUGUGUGAGGUGCCGGAGGGCGGGCUGGUCCCCAAGUCCCUGUACCGGACCGCGGAGGAGCUGGAGAACGAGGACGUCCGCCUGUGGACCGAGACCAUCUACCAGAGCGCCAGCGUGUUCAAGGGAGCCCCGCACGAGCUGCUGAUCGAGAUCAUCGACGCCUCCUCCGUCAUCACCUGGGACUUCGACGUGUGCAAGGGCGACAUCAUCUUCAACAUCUUCCACUCGAAGAGGGCGCCCCAGCCCCCCAAGAAGGACACGCUGGGGGCGCACGGCAUCACCUCCCCGGGGGGGAACAACGUGCAGCUCAUCGACAAGUCCUGGAUGCUGGGGCUGGACUACAGCAUGGUGGAGUCGCCCCUCACCUGCAAGGAAGGGGAGAGCGUGCAGGGCUCCCAUGUGACCCGGUGGCCAGGGUUCUACAUUCUGCAGUGGAAGUUCCACAGCAUGCCGGCGUGCGCGGCCACUAACCUCCCGCGCGUGGACGACGUGCUGGCCACCCUGCAGGUCUCCUCCCACAAGUGCAAGGUCAUGUACUACACCGAGCUGCUGGGCUCAGAGGACUUCAGGGGCUCGAUGACCAGCCUGGAGUCGAGUCACAGCGGCUUCUCCCAGCUGAGCGCCGCCACCACCUCGUCCAGCCAAUCGCAGUCCAGCUCCAUGAUCUCCAGGUAGUCUCCCGGGAGACGGCGGAGCCGGCGGGAGGGAGAAGCCGGCUCGCGGAAAAAAGGAUCGGGAGCAGGAAUACCUCACACUCCGCCCUGCCUCGAACCCCAACCCCAACCCCCACCCCCACCUCCACCAGCCCUCUUACUGAACUCACGGUCUGCAGCUCCAGAACCCUUGCACAGCAGGAGAGUUAUAUAUAUUUAAUAAG